AAGUAGAGCGGUCGUGCUCAUGUGAAACAUCACGAAAAUAAUAAUAUUUAGAUUUUCAGUAGCAACUUCAUUAUAGUUAACUAGGUAUGGGUAAUGCCGUUGGAAAAUUUCUGACUUCGGGCAACGUUCAAGGUGCUGGCUCGGUCCUCGAUAGAGUCAUAUCCCAGCCGAGCAGCGAAGACCACACCGUUCUUUACAAAUUAGCUGAUUAUAAGAAAGGCGGUCUACUUUUAGAGACCUACGCGAAAGGUGGCAUGACAGCCGCUGAAAAGUUAAUGAGAGACGAAUUCGCUGCAUACAUGUACGGCGGAGGGAGGGGCCGGGUCAUCAAUCGUGCUGAAUACUUGAGAUGGAAGUUCAGAGACCAAGAACAGGUUGUACUUCCAAUUGAAGCAUCGCUCUCACCUUAUGACCCGCUCGCCAAAUGGGAAGACCACACCGCCUGUUGGCAGAUGUGUUAUAGAGGAGCUCUCGGCGAAUCUUUGCUUCAUGUACUCAUUAUUUGUGAUACUAAGAUCCAUACAAGAUUAGCUCGAACUCUAGUAAAAUGUUUUCCGAAGCUGUCACUAGACGUCGUUGAAGGUGAAGAAUAUUUAGGGGCAAGCUCUUUACAUCUGGCAAUAGCGUACAGCAAUAACGAGCUAGUACAAGAUCUAGUUGAGGCCGGAGCUGAUGUCAACCAGAGAGCCAUUGGUAGCUUUUUCCUACCCCGCGACCAACAAAGAGUACCGCCAGCGCGACAAACAAAUUACGAAGGUCUGGCAUACUUGGGCGAAUACCCCCUGGCCUGGACGGCUUGUUGCGCGAACGAAGCAGUCUACAACCUCUUACUAGAUUCCGGGGCAGAUCCCGAUGCUCAGGAUUCGUUCGGGAACAUGAUACUACACAUGGUGGUCGUUUGUGAUAAACUGGACAUGUUUGGAUAUGCCCUGCGUCACCCUAAAGUUCCGGCCAGUAACGGUCGAAUGAAUAAAGCCGGUUUUACCCCACUAACCUUGGCUUGUCAGUUGGGUCGGGCCUCUGUCUUCAGAGAGAUGCUGGAGCUAUCAGCCAGAGAGUUCUGGCGCUACUCCAACAUUACGUGCUCCGCUUACCCUUUGAACGCUUUAGAUACCUUGCUGCCUGAUGGGCGUACAAAUUGGAAUUCGGCUUUAUUCAUUAUCCUGAACGGGACAAAGCAAGAACACUUGAACAUGUUAGACGGCGGUAUCAUACAAAGGUUGCUCGAAGAAAAAUGGAAGACUUUUGCCAGGACGAAAUUCCUCAAACGUCUCCUCAUACUGAUGUUGCAUCUUCUCCUGCUCUCCGUUUCUGUGUACCUACGUCACAGCAGCGCAGAAGCUGAUGCCCAUCCCAACUGGGGCUUGGAGAUCAACGACGCUAGAAGCGGACUGAGGCUUGCCAGUGAACUUGGGACUAUAUUGAGCACAUUGUGUUAUAUUAUACUGCAACAAGGCGACGAGCUAAAGAAUCAAGGAUUGGUCGCUUAUUUUAAGCAGUUGAUUCACGAGCCGGCCAAAUUUAUAUUUUUGGCGUCAAACAUCCUUGUGUUAGCGUGCAUACCGGCCAGACUCCUUAAGGAGACCAACGUGGAGGAAGCCAUACUGCUUUUCCUGCUGCCGGGAUCGUGGUUUUUGUUGAUGUUUUUUGCUGGCGCGGUGAAAUUGACCGGUCCAUUCGUGACAAUGAUCUACAGUAUGAUAACAGGGGACAUGUUCACGUUCGGUAUCAUCUACUGUAUUGUCCUCUUCGGCUUCUCGCAGUCAUUCUACUUCUUGUAUAGAGGUUUUCCAAACGUACAGUCGACUUUGUACUCGAGCUACCCCAGCACGUGGAUGGCACUAUUCCAAAUCACCUUAGGAGAUUACAGCUACUCGGAUCUCAGUCAGACAACGUACCCUAAUCUCUCGAAGACUGUGUUCACGGUAUUCAUGAUAUUCGUGCCUAUUCUACUAUUGAACAUGUUGAUCGCCAUGAUGGGGAACACGUACGCUCACGUCAUCGAGCAAUCUGAGAAGGAAUGGGUCAAACAGUGGGCGAAAAUUGUGGUAUCGCUAGAGCGUUCAGUGGCCCAGGAUGACGCACAUAAGUACUUGCAAGAGUAUUCUAUAGGACUCGGGCCUUCAGACGAUCCGAGAUACGAGCAACGAGCGGUUAUGGUCAUCAAGAGUAAAGCUAAAACUAGAGCGAAACAGAAGAAAGACGCUUUAACUAAUUGGAAGCACGUCGGUAAAGUGACAAUAGCAGAGUUGAGAAGACGCGGUAUCAGCGGUGAAGAGUUACGUAGAUUGAUGUGGGGCCGUAUUUCAAUUUCGACACCAACAAAAGCUCCCUUGCCGCGAAGAGUCCCAGCCCCGCCUCCAGACUGCGUGGUUUCGUCAGACGUGGGUUUAGCUAGUGACGUAGGGAACGGUGUAGCACCAGCUCUCUCGUCAGCUCUCAACGUCAUGGCCUUCACUCACGAAUUAGACAUUGGCACUACUGGUUCUGAUCAAAAACAAACUACACCGGACUUGUUGGUCAACGGCAAAACUUCCAAUGCCCCAAUCUUAACUACCGGUACCCAAAUGCCAAAAGUUUCAAGCAAAACUCUCGGUACACCAGUGGCACGUAUUGAAGCAUCUUCACUUAAGACGCCUUUGGAUGUUAAAUUAAACCCAACAACAUUGACACAGUCCACGGUUCAGGGUAAUAUAGGUAAUGUCAAUAUUCCUAUAAGUGGAGUGAAAAUAACAACAAAUGUUGGACAAAACUCCGCGGUAGUACCUGAGAUUCAACAGUCGAAUGAAAAUCAGAAACCUGAGCAAGUACACCAAGAUUAUCUACGUGAACUCAUAGUUCUUGCUGAGAAACCUGCAACCACUAAUCUUGAACUCAAACAACUUGCUGAGAAAGCGGCUGAUCUGAGAGAUGUACCAGAAAUCGAUAUUAACAUCAAUAUGGCUGCAAAAUCUGCGCGUAAAAUGGUAGCGGGUGCUGUGUCGGGUUUAUUCGGUGUCGCCGCUGACACUCCUGCCCCCGAUGCUGGCUGGAGGCGGGAUCGUCAUGACAACAGCGACAGUGAUCCGAUAUCGGAGUCAGUGCUGUUGGGUCGAGCAUCAAGAGCAAGACGCGCGAGAUCAGCAUCGCGACGAGCCGCACCACCGCCCCCACAUCUAUAUGUACCGGCUAGGUCUAUGUACUUAGUGGCAUCUGAGAGCAGUGCUAUAGAAAGUGAUGCACCGUGGGAUGAUCAACCCAGUUCAGGGAACAAUUCAGCUGUAGGUGGUCGUAGAGAAGAGAUCGCCCACAUAAAAGCUGCAAGACCCUUGUGUAUUCAACAUGCUGCGUCAGGGAGAACGGCUCAAGUAGAACACUCAUUAUUUGUUGUAGGUCCUGGAACCGGAGCCGAAGUUGAAAGUACUCCUACUGUACAAAAAUCCGAAAAAAAGGCUAGACCUAAAACAACGCGAUCGAGACGAAACAGAAUAUCUCCAACACCGGUACAAGAAGCGGGCAGCCCUUUGGAGCCCUGGGCCACAGCACAACUAUCGAAGCUAUCACGUCUCAUACGCUAUUCCAGCUCAUCAGCAGCUUCUAUCACCUCGCAGACGUCCACGGAACAGGAGCAAUCGCCAAGAUACUGAACCCAUCAAUGAACAUUCAACAAAUACACCUUUAAGUUUCAUAGACAAGGGUUCCUACAUUAA